UAGCAUUUGUGUAAAUUGUGAUAUGUUAUUUUUAUGCUGGUACCAAAAAUAGUAGUCUAGUCAUAAUAUAAUUGUAAUUCUAAUUUUUGAGUACUUUUGAGUAUUUAGCUGAUCUUCCUUUUUGUCUACAUUAGCCAAUCAGAGUGCGGCAUUUAGUCGCGCGAUGUUUUGACUACGUCACUUUAACUGUCAGCUGUCAACAAUUUUGUAAACACCGCAGUCAAGUUUUUGUUGGAGGCGUUACCAUGCCAAAACGCAAACAUCCUGUGGAGACAAGUGAAGGUACUAGAGCAAAACAUAAACCUCAGGCUGAACCAAUCGAUUACCAAAGACUUGCGCAAGAAAUUGUUAAAUUGCAAAAACCCAACUCUGAUGCAUCAAGCAGUACAGUGGUACCCCUAGAAAAUGCUGCAUCUGCUACAUAUGCAAACACCGUCAAUGAGUUACCUGCACCAACGACUGCUUCUUCGUCUAUGCAAGAUAACCCUAUAUUGUCAGUUGUAUCUCAACUUUUAGAAAACACAGGUGAGCCAGUAGGCACAAACAAAGGUUUCUUCAAUUCUGAUAAUCUUAUCUCUGUAACAGAAGGUAUUCCUCUUGGUGCGACAAUACCACAAAAGAUAAAGGCAAAAAUUUGGUCGAAUGAAUUUUUUGAUUUAAAAGUAUUAUUGUCGCACCAAGAUGAAGAACCUCUUACGUUGUGCAUUACUCCAGGGGUCAUUAAUGUGCAGCAAAGUUUAAAAUCAAAAACCCCCAUGUUCAUCAGUCAGUGGACUGAUGCCUUUCUUAUCUUUAUUAACAUUAGAAUUCAGAAACACCCAUCAGAAACUCCCCAUUUAUUAAAAUACAUGAGCUUUAUUAGAGAAAUGCAAAGACUGCAUGGGGAUGUUGCUUGGAGAUCAUAUGACGAAUCUUUCAGAAAGUUUAGGGAGUCUUUGGCUGUAGAUUGGCAAAAACCUAUUGAAGAAUUAAGAGGUAAAUGUAUUGCCAUGUCCAACAUUUGCAGUGAAAAAUCUUACUAGUAUUAUUGAUUUUGUUGGUUUGAACCCUGCUCUAUACAAGGGUCACAGCUUCAGGAUAGGGGCAGACACUCAUGCAGCACAUUUGGGUUAUUCUGAAAACUGCAUUCAAUAAAUGGGAAGAUGAAAAUCUGAUGCUAUUUGCAGAUACACACGUUUGUCAAGCUUUACAUUUUGAAUAUGUAUAGCAAAUGCUAUGUAUAUAUAUUUUUCUUGUAAGAUUUUCACAGUUCAGAAGUUAACUGCUGUGUAUUAUAAUUGUAUCUGAUAUGCAUUGUUUGUGUUUUUAAUUCAAUGCAUAGAUUUGUUGUAUGUCAAAAUUCAGUUCUCAUCACAAUUCCCUAUCAUUUGUCUUAUAUUGGACAUUAUUCAAAGUGUGAUUCAUGUAUAACAUUUAUCUAUACUAUGUGCAUGAUGUGGUUACACAUAACAUAACACAGGUCAGAUGUAAACUGAUGUGUUUAUAUGCUGUAUAGUUUUUUUUUUUUUAACCAUUGUUUCUGUUGUUUGAUUUUGUCAUUUGAGUAACAUAUGUGCCUACUGGUUCAUCUGAAAAUGUUUGAUUACAUGUAUAUCUGUCUUUAAAACAUGUUUGAUAGUAUAACAAACUUUUAACAUGUAUAUUAUAUAGCGGCUGUUAUUUUAACACAGGGCAGAAGUCAACUGAUGUGUUUAUACUUGCAAGGUAAUUAAAAAUAAGAUGUUCCUAGUGGUAUUAAAACUGGUUUGGUUAAUCUGUGCCUUCAUGAUAUAUUAAUAUCUAUAUCUCUAUAUAAGGCAGGGGUUAGUCAUUGCCAUAUGUGUUGUAUGUACUGCCAUAUUUCAUUUUGUUGACUACCAUGAUCUGGCUAGUCCACUUUGUGUGGGGUCUUUUUGUGCAAACCUGCUGUUUGCUUUUGGUGGCUGUUUUUGUUCAACAAUAUUUUUGUUGCAUGUAUAUUUGGUACAUGUUAUAAUGUAUACAUCUUUGUUUAAUAUGGGGGAGGUCAUUUGCUCACCUUUUAUAACUUACAUUCAAUGUCUGGUAAUGGAUAUUAUGACUGUUUGAAGACCUCCCCUUAUUGCCUAAUUUUUCUUAUUAGCAAAAAUAAAUGGCAGUACAUACACACAA